GACAACUUCUCAUUGUACAUUCAUUUACAUUCUUCUACUUCUUUUUUCACUUCCAUUCAAAGUAAUCACAUCAUCAGCAAAAACUGAAGCUGAGGCUCUUAUCAAAUGGAAGAGUACUAACUUAUCUUCUACUUCCUUAUUGGAUUCAUGGUCCAUUUCCAAUCUCGAAAACUUGUGUAAUUGGACAUUCAUUGCCUGCAAUGCUGAUGGAACAAUUUCGGAGAUCAAUCUUUCUAAUGCAACACUCUCAGGCUCUCUUGAUCACCUUGACUUCACUUCAUUUCCGAAUCUCACGAGUUUCAUUCUCAAUGGCAACAACUUUAGUGGAUCGAUACCAUCGAAUAUUGGCAAUGCCUCUAGUCUUGAAGUUGUUGUACUUCUCAACAAUUCAUUUCAAGGGAAGAUUCCAUCUUCAAUAGGCAAACUUAGAAAUCUUCAAACACUUGAUCUUCGAAAGAAUCGUUUGAACUCAACCAUUCCUUCUGAGUUAGGCCUUUGUACAAACCUCAUUAUCUUGGCUCUAGCAGAGAAUGCUCUGCAAGGAACAUUGCCUAUAUCUUUGUCCUCUUUGAUCAAGUUAUCCCAGUUGGCGUUGUCCGAUAAUUUUCUUUCUGGUGAGGUCUCAUCAGAUCUCAUUUUACCAAUUGGACUGAGUUGAUAGCUUUGCAGCUUCAAAACAUUUACAUUACUGAUUUAGGAGAUAAUCACUUCAACGACACAUUCCUAGUGUGGUUGGGAAAUCUGUCAGAGCUGAAAGUUUUAAGCUUGAGAUCAAACAAAUUCCAUGGACUCAUUAGAACGUCAAGGAUUGAGAACAUGUUUCCCGAGCUUCGAAUCAUAGAUCUAUCUUAUAAUGCCUUCUCGGGAAACUUACCUACGAGUAUGUUUCAACAUCUAAAAGCCAUGAUGAGAGUUGAUCAAACAAUGAAGGCACCAAUAUAUCUUGGAGUGUACAGUUAUUGCCAUGAUUCUAUGACAGUUGCAACCAAGGGACGAGAGCUUGAACUUGUUAGAAUUUUGACAACUUACACCACCAUUGAUCUUUCAAGUAACAGAUUUGUAGGGAAUAUUCCAAGUAUUAUGGGAGAACUCAUUGCACUUCGGGUGUUGAAUUUGUCUCAUAAUCAAUUGCAAGAUCAUAUACCACCAUCACUUGGAAAUUUAUAUGUACUUGAAUCAUUGGACCUUUCGUUUAACCAUCUUUCAGGAGAGAUACCACAACAACUUGCUUCACUUACGUCUCUUGAAUUCUUAAAUCUCUCCUAUAAUUAUCUCCAAGUAUGCAUUCCUCAAGGACCACAAUUCUCUACAUUCCAGAACAACUCAUAUGAAGGUAAUGUUGGAUUACAUGGAUUCCCAAUUUCAGAUGGUUGUGGCAAUGAUCGUGUAUCUGAAACAAAUUACACCGUAUCUUCUCUAGAAGAUCAAGAAAGCAACUCUGAAUUUCCCAAUGACUUUUGGAAAGCUGCUCUGAUGGGCUAUGGCAGUGGACUAUGUAUCGGAAUGUCCAUAAUAUAUUUCAUGAUCUCCACGGGAAAUCCAAGAUGGCUAGCAAGAAUCAUCGAAAAACUGGAACACAAAUUUAUCAUGCAAAUGAGAAAGAAGCAACAAGGUCAAAGGAAUUACAGAAUAAGAAAUAAUCGUUUCUAGACAAGUUAUAAGUUUUGCUAUUCAAUCAAGCUCUACAUUGAUCUUUAGUUUAUUGUAAUUUGUAACUAUUAUGAUAUCUCAUUGAGUGCUUCAGCUUCAUGUGAUAUAAUAAUACUGUACUAUUUCCAGUGUGACUAA